AAUGGGGAAUUGUCAAGCGGCGGAGGCAGCGACGGUUUUGAUCCAUCACCCGGCGGAGAACAAGGUGGAGAGGAUAUACUGGUCGGUGACAGCAAGUGACGUCAUGAGAUCCAAUCCCGGUCAUUACGUUGCGGUGGUGGUGACGUCACCUACAUUGAUGAACGAGAAAGGAUCACCGUUGAAGCAGCUCAAACUCCUCCGUCCUGACGACACUUUACUCAUCGGACAUGUUUACCGUCUCGUGAGCUUCGAAGAGGUCUUGAACGAGUUCGCGACGAAGAAGUGUGUGAAGCUUGGAAAGCUAUUGAAAGAAGGAGGAGGGCUUGAGCUGAAGAAGAAGAAGAAGAAACACAAGAAGAAGACGGACCAAGAAACGGGCCUGGUCAACCGGAAUUCGAAUCCGGCUGAAGAUGAGGCUAAAGAUACGAACAUGAAACAUAUGUUUAAUACUAAUACAUAUGGGAUUGUAAAACUACUCUGUCCUCCGUACGGCUGGUUGAUUUUCUCCGACCGAUCUUAUAGGUCGCCGGAGAGGAAGGUGGAGACGGAUUUCAAAGGCGGAUCCACGGCGGAGGAAGAAGUGGUGGUGGGUGGAGGCCAGCUUUACACAGUAUUCCGGAGUUUGGAUCUUCAUGAGAGAGCUCUUCAAAAGCGUAGAUAUUCCUUAAAGCACACCAUCCGACAACAU